UCAGACUGCAGAGGCAUUGUGCCACAGUGAACCUGACCUGUAAGAAUCAAAAUAAAUAAAAACAUUGAGAAACAUGUGAACUACUGUAUCUCUCUCCCCAAGCCGAUCCAUUCAUGUUUCGUUCAACAUAAAAUUAUCAUCAUACAAUUAACAUCAACCGUAUGCUGAUUUUUGAACAAAUGUCGAAUAAGUAAGACAGGGGCUGGGAACCGGUUUAUUUGCACGUGCAACCAUUUUAUUAUCCCCCGUUUCUAUCACUUAAUUCAGGAAAUAUGUUUUAACAAUCCAAAACUGAACUCAACAACUCUUGGAAGGAGCCUACUUUUGCAGUGUGGGGUCUUGGUUUUGUUCCUCGGCUCCAUUUCUGUGAGGCAGAAAGGGGGCGGGGAUGGGAUAUUCAGAUGAACCGGAGUGACAGCUCCAGUUUCCCCCAAUGCUCUGUGUGUCUGAAACUCCACUGGCUCCUUCCCUGCUAACUCCUCACUUCAUAGUGCUGCGUACUAAAAACAUCGGACGCUAGGGGAUCAAGACGCAUGCCACAUUGCCUCUAUGAGGGCACUUUAACUGAUCUUUCGGGGUUUUUUUUCCCAGUAAGGGGGGCUGUGGAGGGAGGACUUUUUUUAUUCACAUUGUCUGAUGACUGUUUGCACGGCUGAUUAUUGAGUUGAUUGUUUGUUAUUUUGGCUCUUGUUGCCCGACGCCCUGCGCGUUUUUUCCUCCCUUUUUGGAAUCGGCGACCUAUAGCGCGCUCACCAAUGUCCUAUCCUCAGGGUUACCUCUACCAGCCCCCGGGCUCUCUGGCGCUUUAUUCGUGUCCGGCUUACGGGGCCUCGGCUGCUGCCCCGCGAAACGAAGACUUGGCGAGGUCGUCCUCUGGCUCAGCCUUCAGUCCUUACCCCGGAUCGGCUGCUUUCUCCGCCUCGGCCGGUGCGGGAUUCUCCAGUCCGCUGUCAUACUCCACGGAUCCAGCAGCUGGAUUCCCAUCUUACAUGAGCUCUCCAUAUGACGCGCACACGACUGGCAUGGCAGGGGCAUUAAGUUACCACCCAUACGGAAGCCCGGGGUACCCCUACCAACUCAACGACCCGGCUUACCGCAAAAACGCCACCAGGGACGCCACGGCCACCCUGACCUGGCUGCAGGAGCACAGGAAGAACCCGUACCCGACCAAAGGCGAGAAGAUCAGGCUGGCCAUUAUCACCAAAAUGACCCUGACGCAGGUCUCCACCUGGUUCGCUAACGCCAGGAGGAGGCUCAAGAAGGAGAACAAGAUGACCUGGGCGCCCAGGAAUAAGAGCGAGGACGAGGACGAAGAGGGGGACGGGGAGAGGAAGGAGGUGGAGCGCUCUGAGAAAACGCUGGACAACAGCGAGGCUUCAGCGGAGGAUGAAGGUAUCAGCUUGCACGUGGACACCCUGACAGACCACUCAUGCUCGGCGGAGUCUGAUGGGGAGAAGGUCAGCUGUCGCGUGGGCGGGGAGUUGAGCUCUGACCAGGCCGGCGACAAGUGCGAUGAGGACGGUGACGACCAUGACGACGACCCGCGCGCUCAGCUAUCGCCCAAAUCCGUCACGUCGUCGCCUCUCACGGGAGUAGAAGCUCCGGUUCUCGGUCAUCACCACCCACACAACCUCCACCACCACCACCACCACCUGCAUCACCUACACCACCUCCACAGAGAGCGCGAGGAUCUGGCCCGGAGCCUCGUGAGCAGCACUAAUAUUACCGCCACUAAACCGCCUUCCUGCCUUGACAGCAGACCCUCUACGGGCUCCUCUCAGAACCCUACAGUCAAGCCCAAAUUGUUGUCACUGGCGGAGAUUGCUACCUCGGACCAAAAGCAGCAACAUCAGCAACCGGGAGCAGCAGGGCAACCAAACUGCCCCUCCUCCAGCGGUGGCCUCCUUUCUCCCCCCACGCCUUCCACCACCUCCCCGGCUGCCAGUUCCCCCUCCCUCUACUCGGCCCCCUCCAUCCUUGGAAGACCUAUUUAUUACACUUCUCCCUUUUAUAGCAAUUACACAAACUAUGGCAACUUCAGCCCCCUGCAGGGCCAAGGGAUCCUGCGCUACACUAAUUCAUCCGGAGUGAGUCUGGCUGCAGCCGCCGCUGCCGCCGCCGCCGCUGCUGCUGCAAACGAGGGUCUGAGCUCCUCUCAGCAGGCCAUGGAGGCGAGCUCAAACCUCAAACACAGGCCUGACUCCCCCCUCGUUAAAAAUAACCUGAACCAGAUUGUUGUUGUCGAGCAGCAGCAACAGCAACAGCAUUUCAGACCCGCGAAUUUAGAAGCAAAGAAAGGUACGUAAUAACGUGACGCGCUUAAGAGAGUGGUAACAAGAACUUAUUCAAUCUGGUGUCGGAUCUUGAGGUUGUAUGUGUUUAAGGAGAAUCGCUCCAUGGUGACAGUAAAAUGAGUCCACUUGUUUCCAAUGCAAAUCAACUGGUUUCCACGGUGCCAUUCUCAUGGUUUCCUGCUGUCAUGUCACAAGAGGAUCCGGCUGGUUUUGCCUUUUUCAACAAUUGUAAGAGGUUUUUUAAACGCGAUUUUGCAUCAGAAACAAGUGUCCCUAUCUGAGACAUCUAGCAGGUUUCAAUAUGAUUUAAGUUUAAUACGAUUUAAGGACUAAAUAAUUCGUCAAUAAGGACUUUUACAGCGCAAAUGAACUAAGCAGAUGGACUUGUAACAUGGCCUAGAAAUCGUUUUCAGAGCGGUACAUUUUCUUAAAUAAUCAAUCCAUAAUUGUUCUCCUUUUGUUAAUCACUUUUCAUAAUUUAGUAGUUUUAAAUCUCGCUCAUAGAGAAGCAGGUGUGGAGGCUUUAAUUUGCAACGAACUCUGAUCAGUGAAAGGUAUCAUAUUCAAACAAAUCUGCAAGAGUACACUUACAGAUACAGACAUUGACAUAUUUUCAUUAAAGGGGCCCCGAAUCAGCCCAACCACGUGCACCUGAGCGCACACACAAAAACACGUGCACGUGAACACGCAGUGGCAGUCUGAGCAGAGAAAUGUUGCCAUAGCUUUGAGCAGGAAUUCUAUUUUUAAUAUGUCCUCUGAUGUGCGUGUGUGUGUGUGUGCACAGUGGGCCCCGAAUCUUACCUUUCAGGUUUAGGAUAAUUAAAAUCACACAGGGUCAGCCAAAAGCAAACACAUCAGUUAGUUUGCACAAUGCAUUCAUCGUGCAACUUUACAUCUUCAAAUGUCACUAAGGUGGUUGUGCACAUUCAAAGCUUUGCGCUGAGGAGUGCAUGGUCGUCUCUCUCUCUCCUCUCUCUCUCUCUCUCUCUCUCCUUCUCUCUCUCUCCUCUCUCCUCUCUCUCUCUCUCUCUCUCUCUAAACCGGUAAUUAGGCAGUGGGGAUUUUAAUAAGCACUUGCAGUUCAGGGCUGCUUUUUUUGUAGAGCCAGCCUGCAGUAACUUUGUGAUUUCUGGGUUUGUGGAGGGAGUUGAUCAUUUGAUCGUUUGGGAUCUUUAUUUCCUCGCUCUGCAGGUAGGUGUCACAAUUGCUUUGAGUAUAAAGCGAGUAAGGCCACCACCUUUUAGACCCCAUGUUUUAACCCCCAUAACCUUUGCUCCGAACCGGAUCUAGUGCCACCAUCCAGACGGAAUAAAAGCUGCUAUCUUCAGCUACACACAGGCUGAGACACAUCAGAUUAUUAUUAUAAUUGUAAUCAUUUCAGUUCAUUUAUUUCACUGUUUGUUCUGAUGCAUUGUGGAUAAUAAUUUAAUAUGCUGGUUUGAAACAGAUCUCCCAUUAUAUGUGAUUUACAUGUUAUUUCUCAGGUUCCUAUAGUUUGCUUAUUUGCCACGGUAUAUUGUUUUGGAAUAUAUUUACGUGUGGAAAACAUCAUUUGGCCUUUCUGUGAAACCGUAUUUGUAAAAGGAGGUGUCUUGGGGACGCACAGCGGACGGAGCUGAAGUGAACUUGAGGACUUCAAAGUGGAAUAGCCUACAUUUGAUAUUUAUUUUUUUAAAUGAUGGCAAAAUGAUGCCUAUAAUUUAUGCAAGUUGUAUUGCAAAAAUGGGAAACUGACAUCGUCUGUUUGUUUUGUAAAUAUAUAUAUAUUAUGGACGGUUUUUAUUUGAGACGCAUUUUGGGGGAAAAAAGUUACACAAUCUUGUUAUCAGGAGAACUUUUACUAAUUUAUAUCUUUGAAUGUAAAUAAAAUAAAAGGCGCUGGUAUCGAUGUACUGGCGGAUUAUGAUAUUCAUUAUUCAA